GAGAGCCGAAAGGGAAGAGAGGGAGGACAACAGCUGGAGAGAGGAAAAAGGAGGAUGUUUUUUGAUGACAAAAGGAUGGGUUUCCAUUUAAUUAAGCAGCUGAGAGGCAUGAGUGCGGUGUUAGUGCUACUUCCUAUGGUGCUGUUUGUUAUGCUCACAGGGGCUCAGCGUGCUUGCCCCAAGAACUGCAGAUGCGAUGGCAAGAUUGUGUACUGUGAAUCUCAUGCAUUCAGAGACAUCCCUCAGAAUAUUUCUGGAGGGUCCCAAGGCUUAUCGUUACGGUACAACAGCAUUCAGAAGCUUAAAUCAAAUCAGUUUGCGGGCCUCAAUCAGCUCAUAUGGCUUUAUCUUGACCAUAAUUACAUCAGCUCCGUGGAUGAGGAUGCAUUUCAGGGGAUCCGCAGGCUGAAGGAAUUAAUUCUAAGCUCCAACAAAAUUACCCAUCUGCACAACAAAACCUUUCACCCUGUCCCGAACCUCCGUAAUCUGGACCUCUCUUACAACAAGCUGCAGGUGCUGCAGUCUGAACAGUUCAAGGGCCUUCGUAARCUCUUGAUCUUGCAUUUGCGAUCCAACUCACUGAAAACGGUGCCAAUUCGAGUUUUCCAAGACUGUCGAAACCUUGAUUUUCUGGAUUUGGGCUACAACCGUCUGCGGAGCUUAUCUCGUAAUGCUUUUGCUGGCCUUUUGAAGUUGACAGAGCUCCACUUGGAGCACAAUCAGUUUUCUAAGAUCAAUUUUGCCCAUUUUCCACGCCUCUUCAACCUUCGCUCCAUUUAUUUGCAGUGGAAUAGGAUCCGGUCUAUUAGUCAAGGGUUAACAUGGACUUGGAGUUCCUUGCACAACUUGGAUUUAUCAGGAAAUGACAUAACAGGGGUAGAACCUGGGAUGUUCCAGGGCUUGCCCAACCUGCAAAAGCUAAACCUGGAUUCCAACAAACUUACCAACAUCUCUCAGGAUACCAUCAACACGUGGAUCUCGCUCAUCUCCAUCACUCUGUCUGGAAAUAUGUGGGAAUGUUCUCGAAGCAUUUGCCCACUGUUUACUUGGCUUAAGAAUUUCAAGGGAAAUAAAGAAAGCACCAUGAUAUGUGCAGGCCCUAAAAAUAUCCAGGGUGAAAAGGUGAGUGAUGCUGUGGAAACAUAUAAUAUCUGUGCAGAGGUCCAGGUGGUUGUUACCGAGAGAUCAUAUCAGGCACCUAAAACUGCCCAAAGACCUAUCUUUAUUCCUAAACCAACCAUUUCCAAACUGGAAAGCAAUCAACCGACAUCUGUGAUGGUAACCACUUUUGCAGACCUCCCAACGCCUGGAAUGGAACCAGAGUACGAGCAUGUUUCCUUUCAUAAAAUAAUUGCUGGGAGCGUGGCCCUUUUUCUUUCCGUAGCCAUGAUCCUUUUGGUUAUCUAUGUGUCGUGGAAGCGUUAUCCAGCCAGCAUGAAGCAGCUCCAGCAGCACACUCUCAUGAAGAGGCGGAGGAAAAAGGCCAGGGAGUGUGAAAGGCAAAUGAACUCCCCUUUACAGGAAUAUUAUGUGGACUACAAGCCAACGAAUUCUGAGACCAUGGGUGUAUCAGUUAAUGGAUCCGGGCCCUGCACAUAUACCAUCUCCGGCUCCAGGGAAUGUGAGGUACCUCACCACAUGAAGACUUUACCUUAUUACAGUUAUGACCAACCAGUGAUUGGAUACUGCCAAGCUCAUAAACCUCUCCAUGUAAAUAAGGGGUACGAUACCAUGUCCCGGGAGCAGGCUGAAACAACCAACCUGGAACUCAGUCGAGACCACAGCUUCAUAGCUACAAUCGCGCGUUCGGCCGCUCCAGCCAUUUACAUUGAGAGGAUACCAAACUAAUGAUGGAGACACCUUCCUCCUGGGCGCARUGGGCAGUGCUUUGGAGGGACUUUUCAUCUUAGAAGAGACCAGGGCAAGAAACUAAAAUCAACCAUUCCAGUUGCAGAUGUUCCGACACGAAGGGAAGGGGAGAAAGCAAACUCCRCAGACUGUGGAAAUGCAGUACCCACUGAGAACUUCAGGAUUUCCUUUGCUUUAAACUUUCAAACAGAUUCCUCAAUGUAAAUAUUAAAGAGAGAUUGUCAAGUUCUUAUUAAAAAGAUAGAUUUCACUCUAGCUACAUAAAGGGAUGGAUUAAGAGUUUUGUUUGUAUAUUUGAUUUUUCUACAUUGCACUGUUCCAGGGAAGGAGAACCACAGGUAAAAAUUAAGGGGGACAGGGAGGGAAAGGGCUUGGGUGGGAUUGUUGAGCCAUGUUUCCUUAUUAAGUGUUUAUUACUCUUCAAAGAUCUGUUUUCUUUAUUU